AUGCCGACCAACUCCAACAUGGACGUCGAGAUGUCAUCGGCUCAUCUCACGAGCAGAGACAUGGAAGUUACGCUCAAUCACAUCAGCAUUGAAUCGUUGGGGCAUUCACACCUCUCCUCCACCGAGGCACCUGCAAGGCCCGAGGCACCUGCAAAAUCCAGGGGAGACUACACGCAGCAUUCGGACGAUAAGGACGAGCGCGAGGGAGGAGCGGCGAAAGGCGACGCCGAGCAUCCUCAUGCCGAUUCACGUCCUCGUCGGUCUCGCCUAUGUUGGGCCCUCUUCUUCCUUGGUGCGGACGCUGUGCUGAUAUUUCUCAUCGGUUGCAUUUUCCUUGGAAUGGGUUCGAUAUCCAUGAGGAAAGGUCAGCACAUGAGCAGCAAGCUGAAGCUGGCCCUCAAGCACUACUGCUAUCAGGAAUGCUCAGACCCAUCGUGUCUGGGGAUGCCGUUCUGCAGUAGCGUCUCUCCGGUGUGCGAUUGUGCGACAGGCAGGUCGAACAUUCCUUCCUACUUCUUCGCUCCUUCCUCGGUCUUGAUCGUCCUGGGAGUUCUGUCCAUUGUGACAUCGGGGCUGGGGUUCAUGGGAGCCAUCAGUCGGAGACCCUCCUGGUUGUGCGGAUACGUACUUGCAGUCUGCUUUGUCGUGAUCAUGCAGAUCUUGGCGUUCGCCACAGCUAUCAUGCUGCUCAAGAGAUUGGACAAGGUCCCGAAAGAUCUUCUGGUUGUCUUGGAUCAAGAAUAUCAAGAUUUCAACUGGAUGUACCUCCAAGACUUCAUACCUCACGCCUGCAUUGCUGCCAACACAACGUCGUCCAACAACACCGUCGUCUACCAUCCUGCCUGCUCCUGGAACAACACUUGCAUCCCCACCCUGAGUGAGACGAUCGGGCUGGACUGCUGCCUUCCAUCGGGGAUGUGCGAUGCGAAGAAGAGCAGCCAGUGCAUAACCACGUCCAAGUGCCUCAAAGCAUUUGUGGGGGAUGCCAGCUCGCCGGUCUUCAUCGCGACUGUCGUGAUCUUGUUUCUUGAAACGCUAUCGAUCGUGUGCGCCUGGGUGAUAAGACGAGAGACGGUCAUACUCAAACAGCAUGCUCUCUCCGUCCUGCCAAAGACUGAUGAGGUCUAG